AUUGACCGGGUAUGACUUGGACACACCCUACUCGUAGUAAACACACACAAUCAGAACACAAAGUAUGACCUAGACCGGGUAAAACUCCUCAGUCCGAAUUAUAUUUUUUAUCAUGUCUCCCCUGGCAGUGAUCUGAACUUGAAACGCUAGGCUUCAUGGAAGACCACACCAUCACAGGAGGGGAGAUGCUUAUCGAUGAAAUGGAAGAAUACAAUAUGAAGAAGAAAGAUGAAUUUCUGGAAAAAUUAAAUGCUUUGAGUCCUCACAAUCUCCUCGAUGGCCAGGGGAUAGUUCUCCUUUCUUCUCAAAGGAAUUGAUCUGAGUUCGACCGUGAAACCCUUCAACUAUUCCGAGUUGGCACCACUCACUCAUCACGUUGGCUGGCGAUCAUCACGUCUGAUUUGUUUGGCAGACUUCUUCAGGCUGAAGGCAUCUUAGUCAAAACCUAAUUUUUCCUACCCGUCAAAUAAGUGAAUUGCAUUCCAAAAGCCUGAGAAAUGAGAUUAUGAUAUUAACUACCAUGGAUCACCAAAUGCCUGCCAAAACUACGGGGAUACUCCAUUACAAAUGGUUUAUUCUUGUCUAUCAACAAGAACCCAGUUGGACCCUGCAUCAUUUUCUCUCUUGCCCUGUGUUUUGCAGUAUUUGAAGAACUUCAGACCUGCUUUGGUUGCUAGAGCUGGCAAGUACAGAGCUUGAGCACAGUGUUAAGAGCACAAGAUUUGGUUAAUUGAAGGGUUGGGCUAUGCAGCAACUUGCUAAUAAACGCGAGAAGAAUCUCGUGGACAAAUGCCUCACCGAAGACAGCGGUGUUGGUGUUAAAGCUACGAGAAUAGUGAUGGCUUGUUUGAACGAAUGUCCAGCCGAGCGUCCGGAGGCAAAAUGUCUCCUCAGGGCAUUCGAGGGUUUGAAGGGAGAAAAGAAUGGAGCUGCCCAGAAACAGAGCGGUUUGGAGCAUGAGGCGUCCUCGGCCUAGGGAAGAGGCCGAUGAAUGAAGAGUGUAUUGAAAGGAUGAACUUCAUCCCUAAAAGUCACUCAGAACCGGUUGGACAAUCACAUGAAAAGAGGUAAAUUCAUAGGCUGGUGGCAAAUAGUAGUUGCAGGGUCAGCCGAAGAGUCUCUUUUGGCUUAUUAGCGGGGCUUGAGAUGUACUCCGGUUAUCCCAAAUUAAAUUGUCUGUUUAUUA